AUGGGCUGCUGCUCCGGCCGCUGCACGCUCAUCUUCCUCUGCACUUUCCAGCUGGUCACCGCCCUGGAGCGGCAGGUGUUCGACUUCCUGGGCUACCAGUGGGCACCCAUCCUGGCCACCUUCACCCACAUUGUCGUGGUCAUCCUGGGGCUCUUCGGCACCAUCCAGUACCGGCCUCGCUACAUCGUGGUGUACGCAGUGUGGGCGGCCGCCUGGGUCACCUGGAACGUCUUCAUUAUCUGCUUCUACUUGGAAGUGGGGGGCCUCUCAAAGGACAGCGGGCUCCUGACCUUCAGCCUCUCCCGGCACCACUCCUGGUGGCAUGAGCAUGGCCCGGGCUGCGUGCACAAGGAGCCGGCGGCCAGCCUGGGUCCCCUGGACAGCCAGGCCCUGGUGCCAGGCAUCGGCUGCACCCUGGAGCAUGGCUACGUGGAGGCCCUGCACAGCGCCCUGCAGAUCCUGGUGGCGCUUGUGGGCUUCAUCUGUGCCUGCCACGUGGUCAGCAUUGUCACCGAGGAGGAGGACAGCUUUGAUUUCAUUGGUGGAUUUGACCCAUUUCCUCUCUGCCAUGUCAGUGAAAAGCCCUCCAGCCUCUCGUUGGAGCAGGCGUGCCUGCUGGCCGGUGGCGUAGGUGAAGAGCACCCAUCCCGCCCCCCACCCGCCCCCACGACCUCCAGCUUCGGUGACCCAUGCUGA